AUUAUCUCAUUUUUUCUGCUGCGCAUUUCGCCUUUGUCCGAAUUUUUAGAAGAAAACAAUACGACUUAACGCUGUGCCAGAGGGCACGACAAGUAGUUGAAAGUUCACAAAUAUUAAGCAAUUUUACGAGCGUUGCGUAACUGCAUAAAAAUAAACAAAAGCGUCAACUACCAAAAGCCAGAACCACCAAGCAAACAAUCGAAGAAACAGAAAGUGCUGAAAUAAUAGCAUUAAACACACUUUGGCAUUAAUUGCGUAUAUAUUCGAUUAAAUAUAUUCGCAAUCAGCAGCUGAUUUCACAUAUCAAGGAAACAUGUUAGAUCUGGAGAUCCUGCCGGAGAAUUCCUUGGGCUGCGAUGCCUGGGAAUUUGUGCUGGGCAUGCACUUCUCGCAGGCCAUCGCCAUCAUCCAGUCGCAGGUGGGCAUCAUCAAGGGAGUCCAGGUCCUGUACUCGGACACCAAUCCCCUAGGCGUGGAUAUCAUCAUUAACCUGCCGCAGGAUGGCGUCCGUCUGAUCUUCGAUCCCGUCAUCCAGCGCCUGAAGACCAUCGAGGUUUUCAACAUGAAGCUGGUAAAGCUGCGGUAUGGCGGCGUCUACUUCAACUCCCCGGAGGUCCUGCCCAGCAUCGAGCAAAUCGAGCACUCCUUUGGAGCCACCCAUCCCGGGGUUUACGAUGCAGCCAAGCAACUCUUUGCCCUCCACUUCCGCGGGCUCAGCUUCUACUUCCCGGUGGACAACAAGUUGCACUCGGGCUACGCCCAUGGACUGGGCUCCCUGGUCUUCCUGAACGGAGCCUCGCCCGUCGUUUCCAAGAUGUCCCUGUACGCGGGCAGCAACGUGGCGGAGAACAGGGCUCCAUCUCUCCCGCUGGCCUGCUAUCACCGUCAGAUGUAUUUGGAAUCGGCCGCAGUACUCCGCACCUCCUUUGGUCACACGAAGGGCCUGAAGCUGAAGCUCUUUACGGAGGGCUCAGGCAGAGCAUUGGAGCCACGUCGUCAGUGUUUCACGCGGGAGCUGCUCUUCGGCGACAGCUGCGAGGAUGUGGCCACGAGUUUGGGUGCACCCAAUCGCAUCUUCUUCAAGAGCGAGGACAAGAUGAAGAUACACAGCUCGAGUGUGAAUCGGCAAGCGCAGAGCAAGCGGAGCGACAUCUUCUUCAACUACUUCACGCUGGGCAUCGAUGUGCUGUUCGAUGCCAGGACGCAGACCUGCAAGAAGUUUAUACUGCACACCAACUAUCCGGGGCACUUCAACUUCAACAUGUACCAUCGCUGCGAGUUCCAGUUCCUGCUCCAGGCGGAUCGCCCGUCGAUGAGCGACAGUGGCCACGAUCUGGUGACGCCCACGAAGCAGGACCAUGUGAACAUAAGCGCCUACACCAAGUGGGAUGAGAUCAGCAGCGCCUUGGCCACCUCAGAGCGGCCAGUGGUGCUGCAUCGCGCCAGCUCGACGAACACGGCGAAUCCGUUCGGCUCAACCUUCUGCUACGGCUACCAGGACCUGAUUUUCGAGGUUAUGCCCAAUAGCCACAUCGCCUCGGUGACGCUGUACAAUACGGCGCCGCCCAGGCAGCCGGCGCACUCCUGGCAGCAGCACAAGAUGCAGGACAUCCGCCUCACAGUGGCCUAGAUUUGUUUGCUCCAGUGCUGGGCUCCCUUCGCUGCUCCAUGAUGCUGAACAAGGGAACGCCCGCCUGUCGUGUUCUAAUCCUUAAGCUACAACAAUGAUCUAACCUAGGCAUAAAGUAGACACAUAUAUUAUAUAGUAAUAUAUAUACAUAAUACACGUACAUUUUCAUCGUAAGCUAAGCCAAUCAUCGGACAUCAUCGGAACUCUGACCAGGUUCAUUCCGCCGUAUUCCAUUGUGUUAGCUCGAUUCGAUUUGUUUCGACCCAUAACUGACAAUUAAUCAGCCUCGUACUUUUAACAAUUGCAUGUCGUUAAUAUAUUUCAGUACUCUAAGCUCCAAUCGUGUAUCUCUCUUUAAAAAAGAAAAAAUUAAAAAAAAAUAUAUAAAUAUAA